AUGACUGUAGAAGAUAAUACCGGCUCGAUGUUGUCGACCUUGACUACCGCACUGCAAUCUGCUGCAGCCGCUUUUCCAGAGGCGGAACAGCAAUUGUUACCUCCCGCCGAAGGCAUUUCCCUCCUCGACAUUAAGAAUGACCUUCUCCUCUCCUACAUCCAAAACCUCGCCUUCCUGGUCAUUAUUAAGCUGCGCAAUGGUUACACGGAGGACUCGUCGGCAGACCUAGUCUCAGAAGUUACAAAACACCUUGUCGAACUGCGGGUCUAUCUGGAAAGAGGCGUACGUCCGCUGGAGAGCAAAUUGAAAUACCAGAUCGACAAAGUUGUGCGGGCCGCCGAAGAAGCUGAUCGCAGGACUGCCCAAAGGACGGCAGCGGGUCAAGUCUCAAAGAAUCCAUCUAUAAAAAAGACGUCCAACCGAGACGGCAGUGUCUCGGACGAGUUCGAAUCUGGUUCGGAAGAGUCUUCGGAAGAUGAUGCGGUUGAAAACAAUCACACCGAAGGCGACAUGUCUGUGGGACCAAGACCUGCCGCCCUCCUGAGAAAUAUGGAUACACGCAAGAAGGACGAGCAAACUGUCAAGUCACGAUCUACCGCCACGGGCGCAUACAAACCCCCACGGAUAACACCCACUGCAAUGCCGGAGCCGGCUUCGCAGCGCGACCGCGAUGCCCCCGUGAGGAAGCGCAAGUCGCAGCUUUUGGACGAAUACAUUGACGAAGAACUUUCCACAGCACCACGCGCACAACCCUCGAUCGGCUCAAACAACACGAUUCUCAAGCACGGACGUGGGGCCAUGUCUUCGAAAGAGCGUGACAAGGAGCGAGCGAGAAUCGACUACGAAGAACGAAAUUUCGUCCGGCUACCCGCGGAGAGUAAAGCCGAGAGAAGGAAAGCGAGACAGCGAGGUGAGAUGGACAAGAGAGAUCUAUUUGGAGGGGAGGACUGGACGGGCCUGGGUGGAUUGGGUGAUCGCAUCCAUAGGAGCGUCGCGGGCAGAGCGAGGGGCGAGGGAUCCAAUGUGCUUGAGCGGAGAGAAAAGAGACGGAGAGACACGCAGGACGGUCCCAGAGGAGAUGGUAGCGGUGGUGUCGGCAUCGGUGACAGUUUUGAAAAGAGAAGGAGAAUUAUGCAGCAGAGGGCGGACAAGAAGGCGAGAAGGAAGGGGUGA